AUCGUUUCAUAGAAAUUUUAGUAGUUCAACAAAACGUGAGCCUCUGGAAAGCGGUACACACUCAUGAUGAGUUCCGCGGAUAACAAGAAAUUAUGUACGGCCGUAGCCUAUUUGAAUGCUGCAAUUUCAGCUGUUUUGUUUUUUUCGCUCAUUUGGGAUCUCGUAGUACCUGAUGUGCCUACACCUGAGGAGACAAAGAGAGUGGCGAAUAUUGUGGAUGCCGGAAUCACUUUAUACCUAGGAAUUUGGUUUAUUUUGUCACUUAUGCUGACCAAAGGAAUUUCCACCAAUCGUUGUUACCUUAUGGCUCCCUUUGUCCAUUGGAACGUAUUUCACUUGAUUGUUAUGGCGUUACUUAUGGUCUUUGGCGUUGUGUCAAGCUUUAAAAGUGAUUACUCAUUUUGGGUAAUUGUUUUGGAGAUAAUUGGAUGUUCUUUGCUAUUGGCAUUUUUAAUAUUCUGUUACAUGCCAGUACGUCAGUAUUAUCAAGGACUUCGUCAAAUAAGCGAUUAUAUACAAAAAGAAGGAUUGAAAUAAAUGUAUGUUCUCAUAUUGUGAAAAAUUUGGUUUAAAAGUAUCUUGCAAAAGGAAAUGUGAAAGAUAUAAUAAAAAGGUUAAGAAAGGAAACAAACAAACGUUAGCUGGCAUUUAAAUGUUUUCUGCCAUGCUAUUCUUUGAAUAAAAAACAAUUAAACAAUG